AUGCAAAUUAUGGUCCAUCCACCUUAUUCGCCUGACCUUGCUCCUUGUGAUUUCUGGCUCUUCGGCUAUCUAAAACGUAAUCUCGAUACAUAUCCAGAUUCUACAAGUUUGGCUACAGCAGUAACCAAGGAGCUCAACUCAAUACCUGUUAAUGAAUAUCAAAAGACCUUUCAGAAAUGGAUCCAAAGGAUGAAACUUUGUAUCGAACAUCGUGGGGACUACUUCGAACAUUUAAUGUAA